GCCACAGGUGCACCUGAGCUCACCAGUGACAGCUCGAGCUUGCGUGCGCUGCCGCCUACGCAGCUGCCUCAGGGUGCCUGCCCAUACAUCACCUGCGCCUCUCGGCCAGCGACGAGUCACACUCCCUUUCAACCUCCUACAACCCCAACUCACUGCAUCCAUCUGUCGUGACAACACCUCUCUGCAACACAUCCCCAUCAUCUACUGCACCAGCAAAGCGUUCUCCAGGCCCUCGCGAAGCGCCCUCCAUCAAAGCCAGCCACUCCACCACCUAGAUCCCGCCGAUAACCGCCAUCAUGCGUUCCAAGUUCAAGGACGAGCACCCCUUCGAGAAGCGCAAGGCCGAGGCGGAGCGCAUCCGCCAGAAGUACGCCGACCGCAUCCCUGUCAUCUGCGAAAAGGUCGAGAAGUCGGACAUUGCGACAAUCGACAAAAAGAAGUACCUGGUGCCCGCCGAUCUGACCGUAGGCCAGUUUGUCUACGUCAUCCGCAAGCGCAUCAAGCUCUCCCCGGAGAAGGCGAUCUUCAUCUUCGUCGAGGAGGUUCUGCCUCCGACCGCGGCGCUGAUGAGCAGCAUCUACGAGGAGCACAAGGAUGAAGACGGCUUCCUCUACAUUACAUAUUCGGGCGAGAACACCUUUGGCGAGGAGCUUGCUUGAGCUGUCAUUUCAACAUUCCAGCUCGACGGAUCGAACGCCGCUCUUUGGCGUCGGCCCAGCGACCGUCCCCGUUUUGUAAUUGAGGCCUCGGCGUUCCGGACUGCACACCCCUGCGUAUUUUAUGACUGGACUUCUGAACGAAUAACGGACAAACGGCGAUUUCAUGCGAAAUACACAAUCAAACCAUCCGCGGCCACAACGUAGGCAGCCACGGCCCCGGUGCCGGAGCAGUGAUGGGGCACAACCACAGCUACGAUGGAGAGAUGUGGCUACUUGACUGGUUACGCAGCCAAGAGUGACCCGCUGCUGUCCAUGGUUGUGAUUCCAGGCACCCUCGCGUAUCCUGUAUUACCUGGCUGAGGGGUUGCCAUUUGUGAGCCGUAGCCGGAUAGGACUUAGCUCAAGAAUGAGAUUUGUGCCGCUGCGUGGCCUGUCCAAUG